AUGGAGGAAGUUGUGGUAAAGAAGCGCGGUCGGCCCCCAAAGGCACCUGGUACUGGCACUCCAGCACCCACGCCGAGCGGCCGUAAGCGCGGUCGUCCCGCCAAGAAUAAGACUGGUCCCAGUCCACCCAGUGGCGGUGGUGGCACUGGCACUGGCACCGGCACUGGCCAACGCGGUCGUCCACCCAAAACUCCGAAGAACUAUGACGAGUCCGGCGAUCAGGAGAAUGACGAGUCCAACGAUCAGGAAGCACCAACACCGCCGCCAGUUGUGUCCAAGGGACGGGGCCGGCCAAAGGGCAGCGGCAACAAUGCCAACAGCGAUAGCGCCAAGUCGCAAGCCGCUGGGAAGCGAGGACGGAAGGCCGGUCGCCCCAAGAAGCACCAGCCCAGCGACAGUGAAGACGACGACGAUAAUAGCGAAGAUGACUUCGAUGACGAGGACGAUGAGGACCGGCGCCCCGUGGGCCGGCCGUCAACCGGAGCCGUGAAUCUGAACAUCGUGCGAACCGGACGCGGCCAGGGCCGACCGAAGAAACGGGAAUGGAAUGGAGAUGGCGAGGCACCCUCACCCAAAAAGCGGGGUCGUCCCGCGCAAGGCGGCAGCAAACCAUCUACCUACGUCCCAUCCGGACGUCCACGGGGCCGACCAAAGGCCAAUGCUGUGGCGGAAAAGCCAGCGAUCAGCGAUGGUGAUGAGAACGAGGACGAUGGAUCGCAGGAUGAGGGACAUAAUGAUAUCGCAAAUACGGCAGUAACGCCGAAAAAGCGAGGAAGACCCUCACUGGCGUCAAAGGCAGCCAAGGAGGAGGGGUCGGCCAAGCGAGGACGACCGCCGAAGGCAGCUAACAAUGAUGACGGGCAUGAUGACGGAGCCGAUUCCACCGAUGCCGGCGAAUUCAACAGCAGCAGCAACAACAAGAAGGAUCAAAAUGAUUCGGGCAACGGUCCGAGGGAAGGAUCCUCCAAACCAGAAGGCAACAAAUGGCCCUCAGAUGUCGACAAUGAUGCCGAAUAUGCAUCGGAUGCUGACUACAAAGAUGCCGAUUCUGUAGCCGCUUAA